AGGAGGCGCUGCCGCCAUCUUUGCCCGGAGAGCAGUGAGCUGGUAGCUGCCGAGCCUCGCGGACUCAUCGGCCUCCAUCCGCCCCGCGCAGUCCCCGACGCCGCCCCGCCUGCUGGACAUGGACGAUCGGGAGGACCUCGUGUACCAGGCCAAGCUGGCCGAGCAGGCCGAGCGCUACGAUGAAAUGGUUGAAUCAAUGAAGAAAGUGGCUGGCAUGGAUGUGGAGUUGACAGUGGAAGAAAGAAACCUGCUGUCUGUUGCAUAUAAAAAUGUGAUUGGAGCUAGAAGAGCUUCCUGGAGAAUAAUCAGCAGCAUUGAACAAAAAGAAGAAAACAAGGGUGGUGAAGAUAAACUAAAAAUGAUUCGGGAAUAUCGACAAAUGGUUGAGACUGAGCUGAAGUUAAUCUGUUGUGAUAUUCUGGAUGUACUGGACAAACACCUCAUUCCAGCAGCUAACACUGGCGAGUCCAAGGUUUUCUAUUAUAAAAUGAAAGGGGACUACCAUAGGUAUCUGGCUGAGUUUGCUACAGGAAAUGACAGGAAGGAGGCAGCAGAGAAUAGCCUGGUGGCUUAUAAGGCUGCUAGUGAUAUUGCAAUGACAGAACUUCCGCCAACGCACCCCAUCCGCUUAGGUCUUGCUCUCAACUUUUCUGUAUUCUAUUAUGAAAUUCUUAAUUCUCCUGAUCGUGCCUGCAGGUUGGCAAAAGCAGCUUUUGAUGAUGCUAUUGCAGAACUGGAUACGCUGAGUGAAGAAAGCUAUAAGGACUCUACGCUUAUCAUGCAGUUGUUACGUGAUAACCUGACACUAUGGACUUCAGACAUGCAGGGUGAUGGUGAAGAACAGAAUAAAGAAGCGCUGCAGGAUGUGGAAGAUGAAAACCAGUGAGACAUCAAGGCCAACAAGAGAACCCAUCUCUGACCACCCUUACCUUCCCCCACAAAUCCCUCAGUGUCACUCUGAGAACCACCAAAUCUGACUUUUACAUUGGGUCUCAGAAUUUAGGUUCCUGCCCUGUUGGGUUUCUUUUUGUUUUGUUUUGGGUUUUUUUAAACACCGUUCAAAAGUUCUUAAAGGCAAGAGUGACUUUCUGUGGAUUUGACUGGUGCCAGCUUCUUAGAUUCCUUAAGACACUAACAGGACUGCGUAACGGCUCGUUCAGCAUUACUGUAUUGUCUUCUGCCAGCUGUGGCAAGAUAACCAUUAGAAAUGAAUGUUACAUCUGAAAGCCAUCAGACUUUUAAGGAAGAGAUUUCCUGCACUGUGUAGGGUGCACGUGGUGGUAUUUUUCUUUUUUAUAAUUGUUCAAACGGAAUUUUAUACCAAUGUUUAACUUAAUUUGGAGUUUGACUUAGAUUGAAGUUACAGGUUUUCUUGGAACGUUUAUUAUAGUGGUUUUGCUGUAAAAAGUUUCCAAACUGCUGAAAUGUUGCUGAAAAAAAGACGGUGCUGGUAACAGUUCAAUAAUCCGUAGCUGUUCAUUCUUGCCUACUUUCUACUUCUCCUCCAAGCAGGUUAGCGUUGAAGGUGGCAUUGAAAGCCUGCAUGCGUGUUCAAUAUUUUUUUUUCUCCCUUCCCCUUCCCCUCCUCCUCUCGCUCGCUCAACCUCUUUUGUUCAGUAUGUGUAACUUGAAGCUAAUUUGUACUACUGGAUAUCUGACUGGAGCCACAGAUACAGAAUCUGUAUUGUUCUUACUGAAACACAGCAUGGAAUUAACAUUAAACUUAAAUAAAACAAACCUAAAUUAAAAAUGCCAAA